CACACAUUCUCUUCCUCUUGCCACUGUGGACAGGGCACUGCAGAGACAGAGAAAGGAGCGCUCGCUGGCUUUGACCUUCCUGGUAUCUGAGCAUAGGGAGCGCACAAUUCCUUCAAGAUGCCGAUGUCAAAGAAGCACAGGAGAAAACGCUCCGAAGUUCUCAAGGAACCUUCAGAGAAGGUCAAAGAACAGCUGGCUGAGGCUGAGCUUCGGAAGCUGAAGCAGCAAUUCAGGAAGAUGGUGGAAAGUCGCAAGUCCUUCAACUUCUGCUCCCAGCAGAAGAUCUCGAACCAGCACAGGGAGAUCAAGACCCUGCAGAGGGAGCAGGAGGAGAUCACUCUGCUUCUGGGUCUCAUCAAGUCCUCGAAGAACUUGGAACUGAAUGGGAGAAACUACACGGAGCUGUGUUUCCUGCUGCAGACCAAGGAGGACUACGAGGCCCUGAUUAAAUCACAGAAGGUGCUGUUGGCAGAGCUGGAUGAGAAGAUUGCUCAGAUGGAAAAAAAAAUUAUAAACCAAAAACAGAUCUUCGCCAAGAUACAGAAAGCCAAUGACCCCCGGAAACUGCAAAAACAGAUCCACAUUUUGGAAACCCGUUUGAAUCUCGUCACCGUGCACUUUGACAAGAUGCUGACCACCAAUGCUAAGCUCCGGAAGGAGAUCGAGGACCUGCGGUAUGAGAAGGUUGCGUAUCACAAUGUGUAUCAGCAGCUGCUACGGCGCUUAUCGAUGCAGAAGAAAACCAUGAAUGUGGCCAUCGAGCAGGCUGCCCAGGCCUAUGAGCAGAGGCUGGAAGCCAUGGCUCGAAUGGCCGCCAUGAAGGACCGCCAGCAGAAGGACAUUUCUCAGUACAACCUGGAGAUCCGAGAGCUGGAGCGUGUCUAUGCCCACGAGACCAAGCUCAAGUCCUUCUUGCUCAUCAAGCUGAAUGAUCGUCUAGAGUUCGAGGAGCAGAGCAAAAAGGAAGAAGCCCUCAAGGCAAAGAAGUACAAGAGGAAGAACAAGGGUGAGAGUUUUGAGAGCUACGAGGUGGCGCACCUGCGGCUGCUGAAGCUGACAGAGAACGGGGACCUGAAUGAGCUCAUCGAGGGAUUUCUGGCCAAGGAGGAGAAGAACUUUGCUCGGUUCAUGUACGUCACGGAGCUCAACAAUGACAUGGAGACGAUGCACAAGAAGACCCAGAGGAUCCAGAAUGAGAUCAUCCUCUUGCAAUCCCAGCAGAAAUCAUCCCAUGAUGACAACUGCUCUGUCCUGAGACAGAUGGAGGAGAAACUGAAGAAGACCACGGAGGAGGCAGACAUGUAUGAGAACAGCUACAAGGAAAUCAGCAAGACCUUGGAGUAUCUCAAGAACUCGGUGGAGAGUCUGUUUAAAAAGAUAAAUUGUGAUGCCACCAAGAUCCUGGGGCACUUAGGGGAGACAGGGAAAAUCAAUGACACCAACCUUCCACAGUACUUAGCCAUCAUUGAGGAGAAGACCAAUGACCUCUUGCUGCUGGAGUCCUACAAGCGGAUCCUGGAUAUGGAAGGGGCAGAGACCGAGAUGCCACCGCCCUUCAUCAACCCUUUCUGGGGCGGCUCUUCCCUCCUCAAGCCUACAGAACCCAUCAAAGUCAUCCCCCCGGUGCUUGGGGCUGACCCCUUCAGCGACAGGUUGGAUGAAGUGGACCAGCCCCUGGACCACAGCAGCCUUCGGCAGCUCGUGCUCAGCAACUACACUGCGAAAGAGUUUCGAAACAGGGACUUACACUGAGACAGCAUCCUGGAAAGGGGGGAUGAUCUGAGGCCCAAGAAGUUAUGGUCUGAGGCGGAGGGGGCUACAUUUGUACCAGAGAGAAUAAAUGUUUUGUUCUUUAA